AAUUUUAGUUUCAUUGCGAAUCAAGUGAUGGUCGCACGUACGUUCUUAUUUUAAAAUGUAAACAAAUGUUUUCGUGAUCGCUGUUGAAAUGUCGAAAAUGAAUGUGUAUGUGUGUGUCUGUGCCGUUUUGUUAGUGAACAGUGUGUAUUCACAUACGCACGAAAAUGAGUUUGUUACCGAUCACCAUCAUACACAUUGUACACACGAACACCCGAAGGAGGAUCAAGUAAUCCGCGGUGUGCAUAUUGAGCCUGCACAUCUUGUCAAGAGAAGAAGUAUAGACCAACCAUUGAGAAUUAGUAUAUUUUAUGACCACUCUGUAUAUAGGUUAGAGCAAGAAAAAUUUGAAAUGAUAAAUAAUACAAUAUUACCAGAUGCUGUGAAAUUCUGGGAGCAAGCUUUAAAAGUAAGGAAAACCGGGGGACCAAUUAAACUUAAUAGAAAAUGCCCUACACGCCAGGUCUUCAUACGAGGUGGUAAAUCCCAUUGCAUCGACGCCUGCAGCCCUGAGACCAUGUGUGGAGAAGUUAGAGUACCAGAAGAGCAUUUAAAUCCGUGUUACGUAUGCAACAACACGGGUCACGAUUGUCGUCUGUUGAGGCAAAUGCAACCAGAAGAUGUCAUCGAACACACCACCGAAGGGAACUCUUUAGAUUACAAUGAACGGGAAAUUGAAGAGCCAACAGGGGUCGAAGAUACAGAUUUCGUGUUAUACGUCAGCGCUCUGGAGACGGAGCGGUGUAGGCGCGGUCUGACAGUUGCGUAUGCGUCGCAUUGUCAGCAAGAAGCUGCUCUGGAUAGACCCGUAGCGGGCCACGCGAACUUCUGCCCCGGCGAGCUGUCGACCCGCUACAGGGACCUGCCCCACGUGCUGUCCACCGUGAAGCAUGAGAUGCUGCACGCACUUGGCUUCAGCGUGUCCCUGUUCGGGUUCUACAGAGACGAUAAUGGUGAACCGUUGACGGAACGACGGACGGAUACAGGCAACCCACCUUUAGAUGAAGAGUUACAGAUUCACAAAUGGUCGGAUAGAGUGGUCAAAAACAUUACUCGCAAAAAGUGGAUGAUUAGAGGAGGUUAUAUGGAGAGGAACUUCCACAUGAUCGUCACUCCCAGAGUCGUGAAGGAGGUUCGCGAGCAUUUCAACUGUUCGACGCUAGAAGGUGCGGAGUUGGAGGACCAGGGAGGUGAUGGGACCGCGCUGACACAUUGGGAGAAGAGAGUUUUUGAGAACGAAGCGAUGACCGGCACGCACACGCAGAACUCGGUGUUCAGCCGCAUCACGUUCGCGAUGAUGGAGGACACGGGCUGGUACCGCGCGGACUACGCGCACGCGGCGCCGCUCGACUGGGGCCGGCGGCUCGGCUGCGGGUUCGCCGCCGCCUCGUGCAAGCAGUGGCUCAACACGCAAAGGUUAAGCGUAGAGAAUGCUACUGACGACAUGAAUGGGACGGAAAUCACACGCAAGAAUCCGGCGCCAUUUUGCGAGCGGAUAAAGGGUGAGCCGUUGCGUACGGAAUGCUCGCCGCGACGGAACGCUGUGGUCCUGUGCAAUUUAGUUAGACACGACAACAUACUACCAAGGCAGUAUCAGCACUUCGACACGCUGCCCAACGUGCCAGCGGGGGAGGAAGCCCACUACGGCGGUUCGGUGUCGCUGGCCGACUACUGCCCCUACUUGCAAGAGUUCACUUGGAAGCACAAGACCGUGCUGCUCAGGGGCAGCCGCUGCUCGUACGAGGAGAAUACGCCGAAGACGGAUGUUAAUUUCGCGUUGGAGAAUUACGGGCCGCACUCAAAGUGUUUCGACCACAGCGAGAGGGUGUGGGAGCAGAAGUCGUGUAGACAGAUACGCGAGUGGCAACACUGGGGUUCGGGUUGCUAUAAGUAUAAAUGUGACAACGGUCGAUUACAUAUUGUUGUUGGGAACUACACGUACACCUGCUAUUUCGCGGGGCAAGUGCUGCAGGUGCGGAUCAUACAGAAGGGGUGGCUGCAUAAGGGGGGGGUGGUGUGCCCCCCCUGCAGGGAACUGUGCGGCACUGAGUUUGCCUCUCGAAACGAAUAUUGCAAGGGUGGAGAGGAAGCCCCUCCCCCCAACCUCUAUCCGAACGACGUGCUGACCUGCAACGCGACCAAGAUCACACAAACCGCCAUUUUACUAUUGUCCACCAUUUUGUCGUCUCUGUUACCACCAUAAUACAGAUGCUAAGCAAACGCGCAUGCUUGACAGUUUUGCAUGCGUCAAGCUAAACUGUCAAACUGGAUUUGUAAUGCGUGUUUGCGAAAUUGGAUGCCAACGACAUUUGCAAAUUAAUCGAUUUUUUUUAUGUUACAUCAAGCGAUGAUCGUGAUAAGAUUGUCAAGCUUGCAUGAACGGACAUUGUGUUGAUUCGGUUACACGAUUUGUGAACAUUUCUUACUGUGAAGUUUGUCAAAUUUGCAUGAAUAAAUAA